CUGGUGGUUGGUUGGGUGACGUGGCGGCGGUGGGAUGCUGCCUCGGGCGCUGCUGCUGAUCGGGGCGCUGUGUGUGGCGGGGCCGGGGCCGGGGCCGGGCCCGGGGCUCGGGCUGGGGCUCGGGCCGGGGCUCAGGGUGCGGGUACGGAUGGCGGACGGACAGGUCGCGGAGGAGAGUCUGGAGGCGGACACCGACUCGGACUCUAUCAGCAUCGAAUACAAGAAAGCAGACGGCACUCUCAUCACAUUGCUCGCCGACUUCAGACAGGAAGUGAAGAUUAUCCGCUCACUGAUCCUUGGGGAGAUGGAACGAGGACAGAGCCAGUUACAGGGCUUGUGCUUCAUCACCCGGCUCCAUAGGAACGAGCUGAUCCCCAGCGAGUCCAUGGCCAAAUUGCGACAGAAGAAUGCGCGUGCGGUCCGCAUGGCCGAGGAGCAGCGAGCCCCCCAGCACCUGUACAUGGACGUGGCAGUGAAUUAUAGCAAGGCCUUGCCACUCAGCAUGCACAUCCACAACAUCUGUGCAGAGGCCAGGGACGCCAUUUACACCAGAGAGGCAGACGCCAAGCACUGGAUGGAGAAAGGUCUGGAUGGGUCUAUGUUUGAGAUUCUCCCCCAAGCAUCAGAAGUGACCGAUGUUGAACGCUGCCGGCUGAGUGCUGAUCGCUGGAAGCCGUGUGUGUGUCACUAUUCUCUGUGCAUCGAGUGGUACCCCUGCCUACUCAAGUACUGUAAAACCAGAGAUGAUGUUGGCAAAAUCAGCUCCUACAAAUGCGGCAUCAAAAGCUGCCACCGAUGUUCUCAAUAUGAUUAUUAUGUCCCUCAGAAACAGUUGUGCCUUUGGGAUGAAGAGCCCUAAUCCCUGCUGUUUUAUUUAUGCCAAACGAAGAAUCUUGACAGUUGGUGUCCAUCCCUGUCAUUGAGUGAUCAAUGAAAGUGGUGGUGCUGCAGCAGAGGAAUGGGGUCUGUCUCUCUCCCAUCCUGCUGAGGGACAGGAACCCAGAACUUCACGCAGUAAUAGAAGCAAUAGGUUCUCACAGAUCAUCUACAAUACAUUCCAUUUUCCAUGACUGCAGUUACUUGAACAAUACUAAGAAAGCCACAUUCUCCAAACUUAAUUCAGGCAGGGGACUCGGUGUGGGAUAGGCCGGAGCUGAUCUAACAUCAACCAAUUUUAGGGCCAAUUCUGUUUGGCUUUUGACUGGAUUUUGAUGGGAGAAGUGGGGUGAAUGUGUGUUCUUAGGCUCAACCAAGGAUUUGCUUAUGAACAAGCCCUUGACCUGUGAGGUUCUCUUUACCUCCCCUUCCCCUAUGAUAAAGGAUGGAACAGGCUGUCAUUGGCUUGUGACCAGAGCGCCCUCUUGUGGUCUCUUCUGUAGUUUCUUGGUCCUGAUAAUAAGGGUUUAUGGUUUCACCAAUACUUAAAAUUCUUUACAGUUCUUAUUUCUCCUUUUAAUGUCUUAGUGAUGGCUGUGGUGAAUGCCCAGUGAUGUUUAUUGUGUGUGCUCAUGUACUACGCUUGCCAGUGCAAUUUCUUAAAUGGAAUAAUGAAGGUAUCAGAUUAUUAUGUUAAUGGCCUCAUGUCUGAGCUCCCUCUUGGAUACGUGCACUGAUUUCUGACAUCUCUCUUCUCACACUGAGGGCAGCCCCUCCCAUACCCACACCCAGGGUGGUUGGCACAAACUGCAGCCAGGCAAGAAACUACAGAAGGAUUCCGCUAAUGUAAUCACAGAGGGCCGUGCUAACACACUGAUCUCUGCCUAAUAAACAUUUACUCUUUCCCAGAGUGUCUUAACAUUUUGGGAAAGCAAAAGUUUCCAUUUGACUGAUCUCUGCCCAUCUCUGAUCAAAUCCAUCACAUUAUGGCAACGAUAUGGGCAGAGGUACUGUGGUGCCCACGGUGACACUAUUAACUGCACAAAUCUCACAAAGUGCCUUCAGUUUCUUAAACCAUUCUUCAAAGUGUUUAAAUCUAAUGAGUACAAUUAUUUUUGUAUUAAUGUAAAAAUAAAAGAUGUGUUUAUUCAAGCGAAGUGAAAUUAACUCAAUUUUUGUACAUAUAUUUAUCAUGUCUACAAUUAAUAAAAAUAUUGUUUUU